AUGCCGCAGACUUGGUGCUUCUCCCUCUUAAUCUUGCUCUUCAUCUCCGGCCACGCCCAUGGCUUCGGCGCUGGAAACAUCGCCUCCCUCUCUCGAAUCGAAGGACAGAACUGGCGCCAUGGAGAUAUCGAGGAUACCUUGUUAACGCUUUUCCUGGCCCGAGUGGCGGGCGGCCGGAAGUUCAAUAAGCUGGAUGUGAAGCGCGUGUACUUUGGCAACUGGCUGCGGGACUACAGCCAGGCCGUUGACGUAGGCACCGUCAAAUAUGUCAGCGCCGAAGCUAUCCGGAUCUUGAUCUGGGUGCUGGGUUUCAUGAGCUUUGGCUUCGGGACUCGAGAAUUCGAGGUGACGACGGAGCGCCUAGGGUGUUACCAGCCGACUGAGCACAUUGAUAACCCUCUCGGAUAUGCAGAAGGUGAAGAUGCGCGCUGCUAUGACCGUCGGCUCCGAGGCCCUGUCGACGAAGAGAGAGAGCUUGCAGUAGAUCCGCGUACAGGUAUGCACUCACCCUGCCAAAAGAGGGCUAAACUAAGGAAGAGAAAUCAUGCAGGCUUGAAAAAUUACAUCGCAUCGGAAGACCUUGGGAUUCCUACAUCAGCGGCGUUGGUCCGUCGUGUCCUGGGUCGUUCAAUCCAGCUGGGUCGCAAGUAUGCUCGGUCACGGAAGGAUGAAGAUCUACAUGAAGCCCUUCGACUGAUGGGCACCGGUCUACACUGCCUGGAAGACUACGCGGCGCAUUCGAACUACACCGAGCUGAGCCUGAUUGAGAUCGGCGAAACCAAAGUGUUUGCCCACGUUGGUCAGAAUACGAGGCUUCAAGUUCGUGGUGCGCGCGACUAUGUCUGUCCCAUUGUGACAGGUACCUUUGGCGGAGUCGACUUCUUCCACUCCGUGCUAGGGGAGCUGUCGGAUAAAACCAUGCAGUCCGAAAUCCAAUCACUGGAAGAGGUCAUCUCAAAAUCACAAAACGAAGGCCCAUCAAAGAGCUUCCUGCAGGACUUGCUGAGCAACAUCCCGAGUGGGCUGAUCGGGGACAGUCCCAGCCAGGCAAACCAGAUGGAUGACUUCAAGACCAAGGCCGACAUUGCGCGGAAAACCAACCAGCAUGUCAGUCCACGUGAACCUGAACAGUGGACUCGCUACCUGGACAACGUUCAGCAGCAGGUCUACCCAGUUUUGGAAUGGCACGAUGAACUGCUGAAGGCAAUCCACGAGGCCAUUGAACAGAUACCAGUCCUACCCGAACUAAUUGAGCAGAUUCAGGACCAAAUUACGGUCUUCGUCUUCUCCAUCCUGGCACCAUACGUUCUCCCGAUCAUCAACCAGGUCAAAGCCGAGCUUGAGACCGGUUCUUCGGAGGUAAUCCAAAGCAGCAGAGAGCAGCAACAUAUGGUCUUCAAUGACGACUCUGCGUCAGACCCGACACAUUCCAUGCUUUCCAAGGACCACUUCUCGAAUGUCCUCAACGAGCCCGCGGGCCGCAUUGCGUCAAACGUGGUCAAGUGGACUGUUCCUCAAUUGAUGCAAUGCUGGGACAAUGAGGAUGUCGAUGUCGAUCGAACCCUGAACAGGAUUAUUUCUGGGGUCUUUCACCAUCCUGCCCUGCGUGAAUAUGGGGAUGAUGGAGCAGCCGACAUCCGCCAAAUCAUGUUUUCGACCGUCGAGAAGUGGUGGCGAGAAAAGAACGAGGAGGAGCGGGACAUCUUGCGUGGACAGCUGAGCCGGGAUGGUGUUCUCAAGGGCAAAAACCACAAAGCAGGGGUACAUGACUCCGGACAUGGAUGUGGAAAGCCGUUGGCACUUCCCAAGGGUCAAGGGAAGCGUGGUGGAAAUCACCAGUCUGGUGAUGCCGGUAUUGAGAAGCUUGCCUUCGAGGCUGUCGGCGGAGGUGCACUGGGAGGCAUAGUUGGUGGGCUCGUUGGGGGGAUGGGCGAUAUGAUCCUCGACGAGCCUGGUCACCAGUCUGGACGAGGAACUCCCGAGUCCCCCAAAGGCGAAAAUCACGCUACCCGACAUGGCAAGGGACAUAAACAGCACAAAGAGCACAAAGAGCACAAAGAGCACAAAGAGCACAAAGAGCACAAAGAGCACAAAGAGCACAAAGAGCAUGCCCUACCUCACCCUCGACAUGACAAUUCCGAUCGAUACGAGACGGAAGUACCUCAAUACCAGCGCGAAGCGGCGCACUAUGGACGACGCUCUCCAAUACGGCGCGACGAGUAUCCCCCGGUGGAGCACUAUAGAGGGGAGGAGUACCCCCAACACCAGCAAGAGGACAGCGGAGAGGGUGGUUACUAUAAACAUGAACGACGGGAGAUCUACCACGGUGGCCGCCAGGAAUACGAGCGCACGGAGCGCUAUGAGCAUGAGCAGAGGCAGGCUUACAGCGAUGUGGAUCGGAGCUACAUGCGUGAAGGGGUUGACCGGUGA